CACAUAAAUGGGCCAAUGACAGAGCAGCGUUCUCAGAUUGACCAAUCCGCAGCCACCAUGUCAGGCGUUCUGUGUUUUGUUUCUGUCAUGAAGAGAGAGUCAAUCAUGGCUGCUUCCGUGGUGCGGUGGCUAAAAAGAUUGUACGUCUUCGUGUUGACAUGUCCCCUCUGUGUUCCGGCCUUCUUAAAUUUGGAAGAGCUGAAUGAAAUGAAAUAUGCCAUUCAAAUUCUUCCCGACCCCGUCAUGUUGGGCCAGACCAAGACCGAGGAGGUGAUGAUCGUGUCCAGCAAGUACAAGCAGAUGUAUGAGUGUCGACUUCCAGCGCAGGCCGUCCGCUUCCAUCAGGACGCUGCGUCUGAGCCGGACUCGCAAGGCUACUCCGGGCCAGACAUUCCUGACCUUCUCAGUCCAAUGCAAAGCGCUGAGUGUCUAGUGAAGACUAAGGACUGGUGGACAUACGAGUUCUGCCAUGGUCGGCACAUCAGACAGUACCACCUGGAAGAAACAGAAAUCAAAGGGGACAUUCUCUUCCUAGGUCAUUAUGAAUCUGAAUUUGAUUGGAGCAAUGAAACGGCAAAGGCCUCCAAACAGCACCGGCUGAAACGUUACCACAGUCAGACCUACGUAAACGGCUCAAAGUGUGACCUAAAUGGAACUCCCAGAGAGACUGAAGUCCGGUUUGUGUGCGAAGAAAGCUCAGCGGACUACAUUGCCCGGGUGGACGAGCCUCAGUCGUGCCGCUACGUGCUGACUGUUCACACAAGUCGUACUUGCCAGCAUCCGUCCCUGCGGCCGCCGUCUACUGCCAGACCGCAGAGUAUUGUGUGCCAGCCAGCACUAAGUGCCCAACAGUACAUGGAUUACGUCAAGGCUCAAGUCUCGGACACGAAGCGUAAAGUAGAGCAGAUCUCUGAGGAGCUGAGGAGUCUUGAUGAGAUGUUGGCUGGUAACAAAGGGGCUGAUGGUGCAGUGGAAGUGACAGCAGAAGAGACAUCGUCUGCACCUGGUGAUGACCUGAACCAUUCCAACGCUGAAGAUAAUGGUGGUUUGUCUGAAGAUGCCGGGUCAGAGGAGGCAGAAGAUACUGACUUCUGGGAGGGAGUCACAAAGCCCGGGAGUUCCAAAACAACUGCUUCGCAGCAGGAGAAUCGGGGAGCAGACGAUGGCUAUAACUCUCAUUCAGACAAUGAAGUCUUUGACGAUGGGGAUGAAGUUGAAAAAUUUAACUUUAAAAUCAUCACUGACCCAGCAGACCUGAUGAAAUUUGUCCAACAUCUCAAAGAAAGUAACAGGAAGAAAGCACAAAACCAGGUCAAAAGUCAAGGAGACAAACCGAUAAGCAGCAGUGUAACAGAGAAGCUUGAUGAGGAAGAGAACGAUGAAGAUGAAGAGCUACUGCAGGAGUUUGAGGAUGAGAUGGCGGACCUCUCUGUGCCUUCUGAGAAGAUGGAAGAGAUAAAGGAAGAAAUGCAGAAGGAGUUUGACAACAUCAUAAACGAGGCUCAACAGGAAUUGGAGACAGAGGGUCUGAAAGGGGAGUUUGAUCGCACGCAAGCAACACAGACACUGGGGACCACGCUGGACAAGCUACUCGAUCAUUUGGAGGAGAAAGACGUCCAGGACCCAGAGCAACAAACGGCGGCCGUUCAAAGAGCCAGUGACCCCGCCAGGGGCAGCCCCAGCCUGGCUCCGAAGCAACCAGACCAAGCAGCUGACGACCAUGUUAAGAUCAAAAUUACUAAGUAUAAGACGGGCAGCAGCCCUGAUGGGGAGGUCAAAGUUCAGGAGAUGGGCGAAGGAGACCCCCAGUGGCAGCACAUAAAGGACGUGGUUAAAGAACAGCUAGAGAGAGCAGGCCUGAAGGCAGAAGGUAAAAUUGAGGUGAAGAUCUUGACACGAAAAAAUGCGGAGGAGGCAGGUGAUCAGUGGUUGACUGAAGAAGAUACAAAGUCCUUCAGGGAGCUCCUCAUAAAUCUCCUGACCGGCGGCACAGAAGAGGUUUACAAAGAGCAAAAGAGGCAGCAGGAGCUGGAGAAUAACUAUAGGUUUGUGUGGGCAGAGUCCCAGGAGGAGUCCCAGUCAUCCAGCACCUCUGACUCAGAAGAUGUGGACAUAUGAGCUCAUUCAGUGCCCUGUUGUGUCGGUGAACUCCUGUGGAGGGAACCUCAAUCAAUAAAUAAAUUACUUCAAUUAAACGUGGUAGAUGAUAUCUACUCUCCUCUUUGCACAUUCAGAAAAUGUGUGUGUGUGUCUUGAAUAGGCAAUGUGUGUGUCACCAUUUAGCUGCUGCACGCAGCAACAUCAUCGGCCGCACUCUGCGGUUGAAUGAAGUUCUGCAUUUUCCCCUUUUUGAUGGGAUUCAGUUUUGAAUGACAGUUACUUUCUUGUGUGCGAUUUCAACUGAAUAUUUGCAUCUAGUUCUGAAGUGGUCAGCGGCGCGCACACACUGUGUCCCCAGUUGAAUUAUUUGCAUUUGUGUUAUAUGUUGGUCUUGACAAAGAAGUCCUUACAUGUAAAAGUCAGCGGGGGGAAUUGUGCAUGCGUCAAAAAAAGUUAAAUAUUGUUCGCACAGGUUGUUCAAUUUACAAUUUAAUCAAAAGAAUGAUUGAUUGUAUCUGGAUAUGAAAAACCAAGGACACAUUUUGAGGGUCUCGUUUUAGUUCGCAGUUUUCUAUGAAACUGCAUUGCUGCAUUUGGUGAUUAGAUUUAACACAACUGUAGAUUACAAAAGUGGUUGUACACAUGUUGUCACACUUAUCUUUGUGUUAACCCAGAAUUUUAACAUUGUUUCACAAAAACAUGCUGUGUGGGCUGUGAUGUUUAUGGAUCCAUACCAAAAACACUGAAGGUAGUUUAUAAAUGUACAUUUCAAGUUUAUACUUUAAUUUGAUUAAACUAUGAUUUAAUUUACCCUUAUUUAGCAAAGGAAAAGAAACAAGUCAUUUAAAUGACGAAUCCACUCAGAACCUUUUAAAGGAUUCUUAAGACGUGUAAUUAAGGGCUGGCUUUGUAUUAUUUGUGAAUAAUUGUGACUACUUUGAACUCAACUUGUACAUAAUUCUGGAGUAUAUAUGUUUUUUUUUCAACUAAUUUGAUGUAUAUUAGCACAAAGUUUGACUUGAGACCUGAGUAAAUGAGGUCGCUUUAGGCAAGAAGCUCGUAACCAGGCGCUGUGAUCAGAUCAGAAAGCAGAAAACAUGCUUCAAAAUGUGUGGUGUGCGUUUCUUAAAUUUCUCUACUGGAUUUGUCUUCUAAAGAUUGCUCUUGCGUUGUUAUGCACCUUUUAAUGGUCUAAUCUGAUCUUGGGCCUGUAUCGUAAUGCCAUGGAAAACCAAAAGUUAACAGGACCAGUUUAUAAUCAGACACCUUUUAUCGAGAAUAAAAUACAUAAUACAGUAUGUGGAAAAAUAAAAAACGCUUGUUAAGUAA